AUGUUCUCGAGAAUACUGCGCUCCGCUGCGGUGGCCCUCGCUGCCACGCAGUUGGUCUCCGCCCAGACCUUCACGGACUGCAACCCUAUGGAGAAGACCUGUCCCGAUGAUCCGGCAUUAGGCAAGACGGUGACGGUGGACUUCACCAAGGGCGAAAACGAUGUCUUCAAGAACGCCGAAGGCACCACCAUCGAUUACGAUGACGAGCUGGGUGCCGUCUUCACCAUCAACAAGGAGACCGAGGCACCCACUAUCGCGUCCAACAAGUUCAUCUUCUUUGGCAAGAUCGAUGUCGUGGUCCGCGCUUGCACUGGCCAGGGUGUUGUGACCAGCUUCGUGUUGCAGUCGGACGACCUUGACGAGAUUGACUGGGAGUGGCUUGGUGGCGACACCACUCAGGUCCAGACCAACUACUUCGGCAAGGGCGACACCACCACCUACGACCGAGGUGCGUACCACACUGUGGCCACUCCUCAGGACACCUUCCACAAGUACUCGAUCGACUGGACCUCGGAGUACGUCAAGUGGUACAUCGAUGACGAGCUGGUCCGUACGCUGAACUACGAGGACGCCACGAGUGGCACUCGAUUCCCCCAGACCCCCAUGCAGAUCAAGCUUGGUACGUGGGUUGCCGGCCGCGAGGACGCUGCCAAGGGCACCGUCGAAUGGGCUGGCGGCUACACCGACUUCAGCACAGCACCCUUCAACGCCUAUUACCAAUCCAUCACCAUUGAGGACUACAGCAACGGUGUUGACGACGCCACGAGCUACCACUGGAGCGACAAGACCGGUUCUUUUGAUAGCAUCGAGGUCCUUACCGGAGGUGAGGACACCAGCGCCACGUCCAAGAGUAGCUCGACCAAGACUGUCACUAGCAAGGGCUCCGAGUCGACCAAUACGACCCUGGCAACGAAGACUGGCGCCAGCGGCAUUACCCAGGCGACCGAAGCAGCUAACGUCAGCGCCUCUGGCUCUGACAGCUCGGCCACCGCAACUGGCAGCAGCUCCGCCUCUACCAGCGCCACCACGAGUGCUCCCGUUACUGCGGGCGCAUUCAAGUCGAGCUUCAACGUGGUUGUGCUGGGCGUAUCCUUGUUGAUCGGCGGUGUCCUCGCUCUGUAA